CGCACUGUCGCACAUUUCAGCAGCGCUCCAUCAAAAAAAUCGAGUCUUUCGUUAAUCACUCGAACGCUGGUUUAGCUUCACUCGAUAGGAGACCCUUUAAGCCCUAGAUGAUCAAACCGAGUCUUUCCCCUUCACGAGUGCCACUUUUGUUUCACUUUCUCACCCUCUUGGAUUCUUGAUCACCAUCUCUCGUAAAAAUCUCAUCUUGGAUCUGACUGCUUUUCGCUCACCUUCUAAAGUUCCCAUCUUUUUGCCUGGCUUUGAAGCCUGAUGAGAAUUGGGGGUUUUCUGGAUUAAUUCGUUGAAGCGAGUUUCGGUCGAUCGAUCCAUAUUGGGAAGUGGGAGACACUUGCAAGAUCUGCUCUUGUUUUACUCCUGGUGUUGCUCUUAAAUACGAGGAGAAGUGUCAGUUCACACUUUGAGAAACCAGCGGCUUGCAUUCAAUUGCUUAUUGUGUUUGAAAUUGGGUUUUUCUUCUGUGAAUUGGAUAUUGUUCUUUAGCUGGUUGGUGAAGGCUUUGGCGUCUUGCGGCGGGGGAUUAAAGAAGGGGAGUCGUAGCUGUCAAUGCCAUUUCUGGAUUGGUAUUUGGUGGAUUUUGAGGUGAUUCUGUUAGACUUGACGCGAAAGUCGAGGCUAAUUAUCGAUGUCGUGGGCAAGCCCUGAAGACAUUUACUUGUCCACUUCUCUUGCCAGCUAUCUUGACAGGAAGCUUCUCGUGCUGCUGCGAGAUGGUCGAAAGCUGUUGGGUGUACUUCGUUCGUUUGAUCAAUUUGCAAAUGCUGUUCUAGAGGGCGCUUGUGAAAGAGCUAUUGUUGGUGACCUGUACUGUGACAUCCCUUUAGGUCUUUAUGUAAUUCGUGGGGAGAAUGUAGUUUUAAUCGGUGAACUGGACGUCGAAAAAGAGGAACUUCCCUCGCAUAUGAGACGGGUUUCAACAGAGGAAAUUAGAAGGGCGCAGAAGGCAGAAAGGGAGGCUUCAGACCUUAAAGGUACCAUGAGGAAACGAAUGGAGUUCUUGGAUCUGGAUUAAUCUCUUUCGAUCAUAUUGUUUAUUUCUCGAGGGAUCGAAGCCAUGUCUGCAAAUAUUAGCGCGGUGGUGUUUUGGUGUUGCAAGGGGUUUUGUAUCAAUUUCCUAUCGAUCAUUGACCUUCCAUAGUCAGAUUCUUAGCAGGGUGGUUCAUUUUCCUUUUGUAUUAGUAGCAUGUAAGCUGAAAUUGGGUCUUCAUGGUAACGCUUAAGAUUCUCUGGAA